AUGGGCAUGCCGCAAAAUAACGACCCCGCGCCCGACUACGAGGAUCUCUUCGAGCAGCAACCCUCGAACAUGCGGACCGGGUACGCGCGAGUCGCGCAAGCCGACGAGACGAUCGAUCUCGAGCACGGCGCUGCCCAUCAGCACUCGGCGUCACCGGCAAUCCCGCUCGGGGUGCGACCAGCAGACGCCGAGCACGUCCAUUGCGAAGUGUGUGACCGACAGCUGGAGCGACGGGAGAACCGUGAGAAGGCGGCCGAGGCGUGUCGGGUGGUGUCGCGGACUUUCAUCCUGAUUACCCUAUUUCUGAUGGUCUUCGGGAUUGUAGCAGUGGUGUCGAUUGCGAAGAGACCAAAGCACGACUAG